AGAGGUAAAGGAAAAGAUUGGCACAUUUGUGGAAUGUCGCAAAUUGUGUUUGAUUUUAAAGAAUGCAAAAAAAAUCUCAGAGCAUAAUUUAAUCAUAUUGAAGAGAUUAAACAAUUUGACGCUGUUUGCAUGAAAAAGUUGCUCCUCACAUACAUGAACAAAUAAUCGCGCUGGCACCGAAAACCACAAAACAAAUUAAAAGCGGUACGAAUCAACGCCAGAGUAAAUGUUUGUAUCAACCGACGGAGUAAACGGUCCGAUAUAGUAGACCAACUGAGGAGCAUUCAGUAAGCGCGAAAUUUGUGAGCAAGCAUAGUCAGAUCGAGUGCUUCACGCUCAAUAGCUGAGCGCGCAAGCGCCAUUCAGAAGUCAACAUACUCAAAGCGUCGCUCACCAAGUGUAACAUUGCUAGCAAUAGUUGACACCAACGCAAUUCAAAGUAAUCAGUAUCCAAGAGUCGGUUGGCGUGACGACGCCAUUGAAUCACCAUUCGCCAGCUUUGCUUAACAAAUAAGAGAAAGUAAUUAACAUUAGCGUGGAAGUGAAUGCCGUAAAGAGACAUGUGCUGACGCGUCGCAAAAAAUUAACACAAAACAGAUAACAAAGAUAUUGAGAAAAACAAAAACCAUUUCUAAUUGAAAUCUUCUUCUGCAAACUAAUUUAUUCGGUUAUCGGUCUAGUCAGUGUGUAUAUGCUAUACUAGCAUAAACUAAUUAAGGGACAGGAAACAUUGUUCCGGUCAGAAAAAGAAUAAAGUAAAGUAAAAUAAUAUCCCACCACCAGUGACCCCACCACAAGAGUAUGACAACAUCAGCAUUUAAAAGUAAGCGUAAUAACGCGGCAUCCAACGAUGCCGAAGCCGAUGGUCACAUUUCCAAUGAUGUGAAUAGCACAGAUUUAAAUCACACAAUGGAAAAAACAGAUUCUGAGGAAGAUGCUUGGUCAUCAACCGGAUACAAUUACAUAAAUCCAUUUGUUCAUCGUUUACAAAUCGAGAAUAACAUCGAUUUAGCAAAGAUUUACGUGCUAACAGUGCUUUUAAUGCCGAUUCGCGUGUUCGGCUGUCUUCUCUCACUUCUAUCCGCAUGGAUGUUCGCCUGCAUCGGCCUGUACGGCCUCACACUCGACGAUUUAAAGGCGAGACCUAUAACCGGCUGGCGAAGACAGUUUCAACGAAUCACCUCCGGUGCAAUGCGUACACUCUUCGCUGCCGGAACAUUUCAUCAUGUCAAAUUGACUGGCGAACGUGCGUCACCGAAGCAAGCACCCAUCAUGGUGGUGGCGCCGCACUCUUCCUAUGUCGAUUCGAUCAUUGUGGUAGCAACUGGUCCACCAUCGAUUGUGGCGAAGCGUGAGACCUCCGAUAUACCACUGUUGGGCAAAAUCAUCAAUUUCGCGCAACCCAUUUAUGUGCAACGCGAGGAUCCGAAUUCUCGGCAGAACACCAUACGUGAGAUUGUAGAGCGUGCACGCUCUGAAGAGGAGUGGCCACAAGUUGUUAUCUUUUCGGAGGGCACGUGUACCAAUCGCAAGGCCUUGAUUAAAUUUAAGCCUGGUGCUUUCUAUCCAGGUGUACCUGUACAACCAGUAUUGCUCAAGUACCCUAACAAAUAUGAUUCAUUCACGUGGACUUGGGACGGUCCAGGCGUUCUGAAACUGCUUUGGAUGACAAUGGCGCAAUUCUAUAGUCGUUGUGAAAUCGAAUUUUUACCGGUGUACACACCGUCAGAGGAGGAAAAGGCUGAUGCAAAUUUAUAUGCGAAAAAUGUGCGAGAUGUUAUGGCCAAAGCGCUUGGUGUGCCAACGUCAGAAUACUCUUUCGAAGAUGUGAUUACAAUGAGUCGUGCCAAAGAUAUGCGUGUGCCCUUCCCUGGCGAUAUUAUCGAAAUUGAACGAGUGCUUUACAAUUUGGGUUUCCUCCCAGAUUCCGUGCGUGAUCAAGAAUUAGUUGCUGACUUUCUUAGCAUAAACAAUACUGACCGUUUAGACAUAUUCACCUUUGCUGAAUUGCUGCGGAUCGACCCCAAAAAUUCGCAAUUACUCCAGCUUUUCGCAUUACUAGAUCAUCAUCACAGGUAUACAGUCAAUUUGAAGAGUUUUCUUUUAUGCUCCCUGUUUUGUAAACUAAAGAACGAAGAGAUUAUCGUGUUUCUGCGCGCCAUAGCUACUCUGUACACGGAGUCAACGCAACGUAUUACACGUCAAAGCUUCGCACGCAUACUGCGGCACACGGGCAAAAUGACGCCGGAAAAGUGCGAUGCACUAUUCUUUGCCAUCGAUAGCACGAACAAAGGCUGCAUUUCAUUUGAUGAGUUCGAACGUUAUACCAAGGAUCAUCCGCAGUACAAAUUCCUUUAUAAGAAGCAGGAGCACUUAAGGCGGACACAAGCGGGCGGAAAUGUAAAAAAGUAAAUUUAGAAAAAGUGAAAAAAGUAUAAAAAAGCAAGAAAAAGUAAAAGCAAAGAAACGCUUGUGUGUGGAUGUGUAUGUAUGUCUGCUGUCAAGAAUACUGCAAUUUCAAAUUAUAAUGGAUUUAAGUAUUAAAACCAAAAACAACAGACGUAUGUCAAGUUAAAGCAAGAAUUGUAUUAAUUUCAUAAAUAUUAUUUAAAGAAAGCCCCUUAAAAACGUCAGCUUAACAAAGUUAAAAGUAAAAUAUUUUCUAUAAUUGUAAAAACAAACGUAUAAUUUGAGCAAAUAAGAAGCAAAAAAUGCAAAUUUGAUAUAUUAAAUGAAAAAACACAAGUGUAUUUUUUAACCAACCAAAGCUUAGAGAGACAAUCCAAAGUUGACGUAUUUUUAUAAACUCAAAAAUUUGAUGAUGCAUAAAGAGAGAUCGCGGUUUAGGGGUUAUAUCCACUUGCAAGUCAGAAAAAUACGUUUAUUUGAAGUUUUUUUUUUUGUGAAAAGGCAUUUUAUUUAAUAAUUAAAUAAAAUAAUGUAUAUUUAGAGAUUUUAUGUACUUUAAUACAGGGUUUGUCCGGAAAGUAAUAGGACUGACUUUCUUCCGUCGCUACUGUACUUCGGAGUGUGCGGGAAACGACUAACGGUCCCGAGACAAAGUGGAAAUCUUCCGAGUGGCACACGCCGGCGUCUCCUCGCCCAAAAAAGGGAAGAUUGAGCAAAUGCAAAGUGAAAACGAUUCUCAUUGUGUUUGUUGACAUCAAAGGCAUCGUCCACCAUGAAUUUGUUCCUCCUGGAAAAACCGUCAACGCCAAGUUUUACGUGAAAAUCCUCAAGAGACUCAAACGAAGGAUCAAGCGGGUCCGACAAAACAUCGCAGCCGAUUGGAAGUUGCACCACGACAACGCCCCGGCUCACACUGCCUUUCUUGUGAACAGCUACCUAACCAAGGCCGGCAUCCCAACACUUCCGCAGCCGCCCUACAACCACAGACUUUUUCCUUUCCUUGCCUGAAAAGGCCGUUGAAAGUCAAGCAUUUUGAGACGACAGAGGGGAUCCAAGCAGACGCCUCCAAUGCUUGGAAAUCGCGCUGGCAGCGCUGUAUUGACGCAGAAGGAGUUUAUAUUGAAAGUUUAUAAAGAAUUGUUACGAUUGGUAAACAUUUUUUUUUAAGUCGACUCAGACCUAUUACUUUCCGGACAAAUCCUGUAUAUCUUCGAUUUCCCGGACUGACCUAAAAUCGGAGAACAUUUCCAAAUAUAUGUAAAUUCGAUAUAAAUUAGCGAAAAAUAUAUUAUAUUUCUAUACAUUCAUAAGUGGAUAUAACCUCUUAAACUGGAGCAUACUUGCGUUCAGCAUAUUUUUGUCACACAUGAAACACAUGAUGACGGACAUAUGCAAAUUAAGUAACUAAAAUUUAAGUAAAAUUGUCAUCCCUACUUGGCUCAAUGUGCGCUGCAGUCCUUCAAUUUAUAUUUACAGUAAAAAAAAUCUCAUUUUGCUGCUACUUUCAUUAUUUAUAUUAACGAAAGUUGAAAUCAGCGUUUAUGGUAGAAAGCGUAAAAACGUUGAAAGAAUAUGGCAUAUUAGUUCAAUAUUGAGUACGUUUACAUUUAAUGCCAAUAUAAGUAUACAAAUAGAUCUAUAUGACUUUUAGUAAUGUAGGCGUAAUGUGUAGUUUGCCAAAUUUAUUAUGUAGUAUACAAUUAUAUCUAUAUAUUACAUACACUUGUGUAUGCAAGUAAGCCGAAAGUGAAGUAUAUUAUUUAUGAAUUAAAAAUAUAUACAUAUUUAUAUGUAUAUAUUAUAUAUAUAUAGAAAUACCUGACGUAUACAUUCAAGCACUUAAGAAUACUAAUAGUUUUAGUAACCUACACGAUACUUAUGUCUUACGUAUAAUGGUAUAAUGUAUGUAUGUAUGUACAAGUAUGCAAAAACUGCACAUCGCCUGCACGUUAUUAAGUUUACGUUUACAUUUACGAAUUGCUGAUCUCUCCUUAAUGCAUUCGCGCAGUUGCAAAUAGAGCAUAAAGUGUUAUUAUAAGUUACAGCUUAAAGUAGCAUAGGUUUUUGCCUUUUUAUUGUUCCUCGCCUUUGACUCAAGCGCCCAGACUUUGGACCAGCAAGCGUACUUAUGUUAAGUUCAAUAAUUUUCGCAAGUUAAUUGUCAUAGUAAAUAUAGUUAGGCUGUUCGCGGUAAGGUGGUUAUCGGGUUAUGUGAUUAUUAGAUUAAAAAUAUCCUCUAUGCUCCGUGAACAUCCUAUGUAUGGUUAUUUGCUUAUUUUUACACAAACAGCUGUUCAUUGUUUACAAUUUUAGUUCAAUGAAAUUCCUACUUAUAAAAUGCCUAAACAAAGUUUAAAAAGCAAAAUAAUCGAAUUUAAAAUAAGUUCUGCUAUUCAGGAAAUGGACUUUAUUGAAGGUGUGUGCUUAUUAAAUAAUCCGAAUUUUAAGGGUUCAAAAAAUUCUUUGUAUAAAUAAUAAUUUUUGAUAAUUAUUAUUGAUGAUUUUUGAUGCUUUGUGAUGCUUUUUGAUGCUUUUUAUUUCGGUUUUAAUUUGCUGAUUGUAAACAAAAAACAGCUGUUAAUAGCAGAUUUUCCAAUAAGAAAAUCUAAAUGGAAAUGCCAUUCGCUUAGUUUUAUUUAUUUUUUGUGCUGCCAUUUAGUAAAAUUCCAACGACUUUCUAACACUGGAAAUAAGCAAACAACCACAUAAUCUGUAAACAAGGGCCUAGGUUGGUCAAAGUUGGUUAUUUUGUCAUACCGCAUUUUGUUGUUGUUUACUUAAUCACAUAACCACAUAACCCGAUAACCAUGUAUCGUGAACAGCCUAAGUUUUUUUUGCAACUUUUCCAUUUUUUAUGCAACUCCUUUCAGUUUUUACUGAUUUUCAAUUAGUUUUCGAAAUUACUCUCAAGUUAGUAAGUAAUAUUUUACCAGUUCUUUUCGGUUUUAUUAUUUAUUUUUUGAGCACUUGACCAUAUUGAAAUUUGUACAAUUACUGUAAUUGCUACAAGUAUUGCGUUCAAUAUUUAAUACACACAUAUUUAUGAAUUUCUGUAUUUAUAAGUACAUACAUACUCAUUGCAUUGCUUUAUUGAAUUUUCGAAUUAUAAGUAUGAUAUUUAUUGCAAAUAGUUUAUUGAUAUUAUAGUUAUAGUGUGAGUUGUAAAAGUGUGACAACCAGAAAUAAAUAAGCGAAAGAAAUAUGAAAAUGA